UUGUGCGCGUUCGCGACGGCCCAGGUUUUGGAGAUGUCGGUGCCGUCUCCGCGCUCCCGAUGCAGAGAGGAGAGUUUAGGAUUGUGUGCGUCCUGAGAGGAAACCGACGAAAAGCACAACAUGUGGAGAUGAGUACCCACCCGUAAUCGAGCUCGGAGAAUCAUCCGGCCCUGAUUGGACUUUUUUUUCCUUUUUUUUCCUCUUGACGAUUUGCUGGUGGUGGGAGCUGGAGUCGCCAUGGAGACGGUGGUGAUCGUAGCCAUUGGGGUGUUGACCACCAUUUUCCUGGCCUCCUUCAUUGCCCUGGUGGUGGUGUGCAGACACCGCUACUGCCACCCUCACGACCUGCUGCACCACUUCGACUCCAAACCCACCGUGGAUCUGAUUGGAGCCAUGGAGACUCAGAGCGAACUGUCGGAGCUGGAGCUGGACGACGUGGUCAUCACCAACCCUCACAUCGAGGCCAUCCUGGAGAACGAGGACUGGAUUGAAGACGCCUCUGGUCUGGUCUCUCACUGCAUCUCCAUCCUGAAGAUCUGCCACACCUUGACUGAGAAGCUGGUUGCCAUGACAAUGGGCUCAGGGGCAAAGGUCAAAGCACCAGCGAGUCUGAGUGACAUUAUCACGGUGGCAAAACGGAUUAGCCCGAGGGUGGACGACGUUGUCAGAUCCAUGUAUCCUCCUUUGGAUCCAAUUCUCCUGGACGCCAGGGCCACUGCUCUGCUCCUCUCCGUCAGCCACCUGGUGCUGGUCACCCGCAACGCCUGUCACAUGUCUGGUAGUAUGGACUGGAUCGACCAGUCGCUCCACGCCGCAGAAGAUCACAUGGUGGUUUUGCGUGAGGCGGCGCUGGCGUCUGAACCGGAUCGAGUCAUACCUGGAGCUGACACACAGAGAGAGCAGGCCAUUUAGAGCGAGCACAGACACUGACAGAGGUAGAACAGCAGCAGAUGAGCACGGCUUCGUUUUUAUCCGUGAGAUGAUACUUUACAGUCAUAGACAGUGUUGAAAAGGCACAUUACCCAAAUGACUUCUGAUCAGUAAACACUCUCGCCAGUGGAUCCAAGAAUUGUAUUUUUGCUGCGAGGCCUGCUGGAGAUCACCUUGCACCGCAGCUACAUAGCGAUUUCUGGAAAGUAAACGUCACACACUCCCACAUACAGGCUUUUUUUUGUAUGUAACCCUACAGCAGAUGUUUUUCAGAGUUGCUCUGUUAAAGAUGUAAGCUGCCUGCAAGUGAAAGGCCUUUGGAAAUUUCUUCUUGAGUGCGCCAUCACCCAGCGGUGGGCCUAAAUCCAAUCUCUCCAGCACUGCACAGUCACAUGGAGGCUUAGUCAGCUAAUCCACUCUGAGGAAAAUAACACCCUGUUAGCUUGUGAGCUGCAACUCACUGGACCAGCGGAAGACUAACCUGACUUAUGUAGAAUCUGAGGGGUCAGUGUGACUUGAGGAUACUCUAAAACAUCCCUGUUACACUUAAAUCACCCAUCUGUGUUUCUUCAGCUGCAGAGACCAAUAUCAGUAGUUUUAGCAUCAGGAGAGUAAAAGUUUGUUCUUGUUCAUUAACAUAUUUGUCCAUUUGUACUGUUUAAGGAUCAAUUGGCACCCCCUCCUCUUGAAAGUCAUCAGCCAUAGCAGCACUCUGAGAAUAGAAUAUCUCAACUUGUACUGGACAGAUUGGCUCAAAAAUCCGGGCAGGUUUUAUAGUUACAGGAGGAUGAACCCUUAUGACUUUCUCUAGCAACACCAACCACUUGUUCUGCAAUGGUUGAAGUUUGACUGGCACAAAAAUCUGGACAAAUGUUCACGUUCCCCUGAGGAUAAUAUACCUGUGUUAAUUAACUUUUCAUCAAGCGCCAUCAUCAGGUCAAACCUGUGAUUUGUUCCAUACUGUGGUUUAUGCAUCAUGACUGUAGAAUAGACUGUAUGUCGUGUUCUCUUCCUCUCAAUAUCCAGAAAUGAAGCAAAGAUAUCCUGGAUACGAAUGCCGCCAUUUUGUGCCAAUGAUACCAUCUGCACAAUAGCAAUCAGGGAACGGAGCUACAGAAUCCACAGAGUCCCACCUCGACCAGUCAGUUUUUAUUGCAUCAAAGAACUAAUUAAAACCAAACUUAGCCCAAAAAAAUGAACACUUGAACAAACAUCAGCGUGAUAAGAACUACCUGAAAUGACAGAAAAAUGUAUUUUAUGUAUGAUGUGACUUUUUAUUUCGUCCACUAACAUGGAGAAGGCAGGGGUUAUGACCUAUACUGCAGCCAGCCAUCAGGGGACCAUCGAGAUCACUUGCUUUUUAAUUCAGGCCCAAAAAGUUUUUAAAAUGUAUCUUAUGUUUCAAUUGACAUGUGACCAGGGAUAAGAAGAAUGUGCAGAUAUCAAAGCAGAACCGGAGAUGUUAGGAACGUCAUUUCGUGCUACAGGUGAUCCCCCCCCCCCCCCCCCCCCCCGAAAUCUUGUGUUUGACUUUGUACAGUAUGUCUUUGUGCUUUGUCGUGUUUUGAACAGCGUGUUGAUCCAGGUGAUGCAGAAUUAGCAUGUUGUUUUGGGCCAGGGUUUUGUUAUUGGAGCAUUGCUACCUGUUCCCUCAUGCAUGACUAAUAGCCAAUCCCCAAGGAGCCCUAAUAAGGCUUUGGCCACAGCCACUGUGAACACAUGGGCUCAGGGCUGCGACAAACAUGGCACAAACCUUUGCACACAAGCGGCUGGCAGA